AUGUCGCCUCACGCCCUCACUGAGCAGCUCCAAGACGAAGAGCUUCUUGCGUCGUUCAAUGUCACAAGCAAUGGCUUCCUCCCUUCCGAAGAGCCCCUCAAGUUCCUUCCCGGCUCUUAUUAUGAGCCCUGGGAGCUUUUGAUUCACAAUAUCCAGGGUCUUCUGGCCAAUGGCACACUGAGGCAAAGAGUUGAGCAAUUACCGGUGCUGUCGACAGACGUUCUCAGGACGGAGGCCGAAUGGAGGAGGGCUUAUGUUAUCCUGACCCUCCUGACACAUGCAUAUGUUUGGGGAGGUGAUAAGGCUGCAGAGGUCCUGCCUCCCGCAAUAUCAGUACCUCUUCUCGCCGUGUCGCGGCACCUCGAAGUGCCGCCAGUAGCAACAUACGCGGCUCUUAACCUAUGGAACUUCACCUCAUCCACGGACUGCUUCACCGACCUCGAUAGCCUCAAGUCGCCGCACACCUUUACGGGCACCGAGGACGAGUCUUGGUUCCUCUGUGUCUCGGUCGCCAUGGAGGCACAAGGCGCCUAUAUCAUGCCCAUGAUGCUCAGGGCCCUGAGAGCCAUUCACACGCGCGACUUCGACGCCAUCACCGCCGCCCUGGAUGAACUGUCGAUCUGCAUCAGGAAGGUCGGCGUGCUCCUGGACCGCAUGCGCGAGAGGUGCGACCCCAUGGUCUUCUACCACAAGAUCCGGCCGUUCCUGGCCGGUUCCAUGAACAUGGCCGCCGCCGGCCUGCCAAAUGGCCUCUUCUACGACGAGGGCAACGGGAAAGGGUCGUGGCAGCAGUGGCGCGGGGGAAGCAACGGGCAGUCGUCGCUGAUCCAGUUCUGGGACGUCGUGCUGGGCGUGACGCACACGUCCGAGGGGAGCAACAACCCGCACGCCAAGGCCGGCAGGCCCGAGGAGAAGAGCUUCCACCAGGAGGUGAGGGAGUACAUGCCGGGCGGGCACCGGCGUUUCCUCGAGCACGUCGGGCGGUCGGGCAGCAUCCGCGCGCUGGCCAUGAUGCCGACGGCCGGGGAGAGGCACGCCAGGAUGCAGGAGGCAUACGCGGCGGCCACCAAGACGCUGACCGAGUUCAGGAACAAGCACCUUGGCAUCGUGACCACCUACAUUGUCAUUCCGUCCAGGAAGCCGUGGACGGGAGACGUGGGCAAGAAGGCCGUCAACCUGGCGACCUCGUCGACUCGGCAGCAGAACGAGAACAAGGACGCCGGGAAGUCUGGGGCCGACAAGGAGCUGACGGGGACGGGAGGCACGGCGCUGCUGCCAUUCCUGAAGCAGGCCAGGGACGACACUCACGAGGCUGGGCACCUGGUGCGGGAAACCGCCAUGGCGAAGCGAUGA